UACAUUGCACAAGCUUAUGAUUAUCCAACAUAAUUUUUUACCCUAAUCAAAUGUCUCUAAGAUCACAAACCCCACCACUCCAUCAUCAUCAUCAAUCUCUCACCAUGAACCCUACCAAUGAAAACGACACAAUUGACAUAGAAUGCAUUGAUCAUCAAGAAGAAACACAACAUCAUCAAAAUCAACCAUCACCGAUCAUCAACAACAAUAAUCACCUGCAUGCAGAUGAAAAAUCAUUCACAAACAAAAGGUACAUGCCCCUCUUGAUAAUCAACUACCUCUUACUCUUUGUUGGUUCCAUCUCAUCAAGUUUACUCUCUAAAUACUAUUUCAUCCACAAAGGUUCAAGUAAAUGGGUUUCAACUUGGGUUCAAUGUGCUGGUUUCCCUCUCUUAAUCAUCCCAAUUUUUCUCCCUUAUAUCCUCAACUCCACCAAAAGAACACCCUUUACUGAUUUCACUACAAAAAUGUUAACUUUAUCGAUUUUCGUCGGUAUCAUGUUAGGGUUGAACAAUCUUUUAAUCUCAUGGGGUGUUGCCUAUCUUCCGGUUUCAACUUCAGCACUUUUGUUAUCUUCUCAACUUGUUUUCAAUCUCAUUCUCUCAGCUAUCAUAGUGAAACAAAAAAUCACUUUUUCAAAUCUCAAUUGUGUUAUUCUCUUAACCCUAAGUUCAAUCAUUCUUGCAUUGAACUCAAGUAGCGAAAAACCAGAAGGGCUAACGAAAAAAGAAUACUUUAUUGGAUUCUUUUGCACCAUAGGUGCAGGAUUGUUAUUCGCACUAUAUUUACCAGUAAUGGAGAAGGUUUAUAAGAAAGUUUAUUGUUACGAAAUGGUGAUGGAAAUGCAGCUUAUAAUGGAGAUUGCAGCGACGGUUUUAGCGACGGUGGGAAUGACAUUCGACGGUGGAUUUUCGGAGAUGAAGAGAGAAAGUGAAGAAGUGUUUGACAAGGGAAGUAGAGUUUAUUGGGUGACGGUUAUGGCGAAUGUGGUGACGUGGCAGUUUUGUUUCAUGGGAACUGCUGGGAUGGUGUUUUUGACAUCUUCAUUAACCGGUGGAAUUUGUAUGACAGCAUUGUUGUCUAUGAAUGUGUUGGGUGGUGUUUUGGUUUAUAGAGAUUCAUUUGGUGGUUUGAAAGCUGUUUCAACUGUUUUGUGUUUGUGGGGAUUUUGUUCUUAUGUUUAUGGAAUGUAUGUUAAGAUGUUGAAAGAGAAAGGGAGAAUGGUGAAGGAAAAAGAUGAUUCAUCCAUGGAGUUGGCUAGUAUGAGGAGGAAUGGAGGUGCAAAUAGUUGAAUAUAUUAUCAUAUAUCAAAAGUUUAUGUUGAAUACUAAACUUUUGAUUAGUUGUAUUCAUUAAUAUAAAAAAAAUUUAAGAUUCAGAUUGUCGAAAAUCAUAGCUCAUUUUGUCAAAAGUCGGAUAUUGUUAGCUUAAACCCUAAUAAUAAGUCUCGAAACUCUGGUAAUCACGGUUGCGUGUAUGAGUUUAAUGCUUUUUAGAGAAGAAAAAAAUUGUUUAAGAUCAAACAUACUGAUAAAACUGUUCUGCAUUAUUUUUCUUAA